AUGAAGGAUUCAAGUGAAAAAGUGGCAUCAGUGACAGCCCUAGCCAACGACAAAAAGCAGGUCUUGCUCCAGACGGCGAAAGCUCAGGCAUUUGCAGCAGAUGGUGUGACGAAAAUUCCAAUCACAAUAUUGUUUGAUUCUGGCAGUCAACGCAGCUACAUGUCCGAAGAAACGAAAAAGAAGCUAUCUUUACCAGUGGAGCAUUCAGAAACUCUAAACAUUAACACGUUUGGGACAGAUAAAUAUGCUAAGAAAUUGUGUGAAUCUGUAACGGUAAAAGUAGAGGUAGCAGAUCAGGUAGUACUAGUGAAUGCAUUAGCUUAUCCUACCAUUUGCUCGCCAAUUUCAGCUUGCGUUACAGUUAGCGAUUAUCCGCAUUUGCGCGGCCUACAUUUUGCCGACAGCGUGGAGGCUUCUGAAAAGCAUAUUGAUUUAUUGAUUGGUGCUGAUUACUACUUUGAAUUCAUUACAGGGGACAUCAUUAAGGGUAGUUCAGGUCCUGUAGCUGUAAAGAGUAAGUUGGGGUGGCUUUUGUCAGGGCCUUAUGAGGCUCCAAAUGUAUCUACUGCAAGUACUAAUCUGAAUUGUCAUCUUGUUUUAGACAGAAGCCUUCAGAAAGUUAUUAUUUCAGAUUUAGAGGCAGGCCAAGAGAAGAAAUCAGCUGAUACGAAGGAGAUUACAGAGUCACUGAGAGAGUUUUGGAGACAUGAAUCGUUAGGUUUACCCGAAAUUGUCCAAAAUGAAACCGAAACACCGGACGAAUGCAGUGCAGCGGUCGAGUCCAAGGGUGAGAAAUUCGACAUAAAAUUCAACGGAACAAGGUAUGAGGUAGGUCUCCCUUGGAGACACGAUUUAUCUAACGAGCCUUUGUCAGAUAAUUACGAGUUGUGUUUUAAACGAUUGAAUUCAUUGCAUUCAAGAUUGAAAUCUGAUCCUACACUUUUAAAUGAGUAUAAUGCAAUUUUUCAAGAGCAGUUGCAAAAGGGGAUAAUUGAGCGAGUUGAACACAAUAACAACAAUCAGAGUAAAUUACACUAUUUGUGUCACCAUGGUGUGGUAAGAAAGGAUCAUGAUACCACUAAAUUACGUAUAGUGUUUGACGGUAGUCAACAAUCAGGUCCUGAACAAUUAUCUUUGAAUGACACGUUGUUGCUAGGAGAAAAUUUCAUGCCUCCUUUGUUUGACAUACUAAUCCGUUUUCGCGCCCAUGCAAUAGCAUUAACUGCCGAUAUUGAGAAGGCGUUUUUGCAAAUAGAGAUCAAAGAGUCAGAUCGUGAUUCUUUGCGCUUUUUGUGGUUUGACGAUAUAACACGUUCAAACCCGUCGGUAGUUGAGUUCCGCUGGUGCCGCCUAGCCUUUGGCCUCAAACCUUCGCCUUCGAUUUUAGGGGCCACGAUUAAACAACAUAUUUCAUCAUUUGAUGAUGAAUGCCCGGAGGUGGUUAAUGUUUUGAGCCAUCUAUAUGCCGACGACCUUUCGUGUAGUGUUAAUACUAGAGAAGAGGCAUUUCAUUUAUACAAGAAAUCAAAAGAAAUUCUAGCUAAGGGCGGAUUCAACUUACGUAAGUGGAAAACAAACGACAAGGCACUCUUAGCACGUAUCCAAGCGGUCGAAGGCUCUAACGUUGGGGCAAAUGAAAAUAACAGUGAGCCUCAAGUUGCAGAGGACGAUCAGUCAUAUAGCAAAUUUAGUAUAGGGCUUCCCACCACGGACCACACAACUAAAAUAUUGGGGGUAAACUGGCGACCUGAGUCAGAUGAGCUGUUUUUCGAUUUACACCAAGUACACCAAUUUGCUAAGCAAUUGCCGCCAACGAAACGCUCCUUAUUGAAGGUCGCCGCAAAAAUAUUCGAUCCUCUAGGGUGUCUUAGUUUGUUCACAAUAAAACUGAAGGUUUUCUUUCAGGAGUUGUGCAUCGCGAAAGUUCCCUGGGACGAACCGUUAUUAGGCGACAACCUUAAGCGUUACGACACAUUAAUUUCAGAUAUCAGUGGCAUUAAGGGUAUCACAUUACCACGUAGUUUUGCGAAGCUAGGGCAGAGGGUCAAAGCAGUCGAAAUCCAUGCCUUUUCAGACGCUAGCGAGCGGGCCUAUGCUAGUGUUGUAUAUUUACGCGUUUUGUAUGAAUCGGGGGAGGUCGAAAUUCAAUUUGUUUCUUCGAAAGCCAAGGUAUCCCCCAUCAAGAAACAAAGUAUCCCUCGCCUUGAGCUAUUAGGGGCAACACUUAUGGGCCGUCUUGUUAAUUCUGUGCGUAACGUUUUGCAAGAAGAGUUUCCAACUACGCCAUUAAAAACAUUCUAUUGGGUUGAUUCCAUGGCCACGCUAUGCUGGAUUAAGAACAAGAAGGUGUGGAAACAAUUUAUUCGCCAUCGCAUCAAUGAAAUUUUAGAUGUUUCCAAUAGGGAGGAAUGGUUUUACUGCCCUGGACCCCAGAAUCCAGCAGAUUUGCCAUCGAGGGGUAAGGUUGGGUCUUCUUUAUCCACUAAUUCUUUCUGGUGGGAGGGUCCUGAGUUCCUCAAGCUCGACCCCAGUGAAUGGCCACAACCCCCAAACGAGUUUACAAGUUCAGAGGCAAUGGAGGAGAAGGUAAAGCAUGAGCCUGAAGUUACCCACGUUAUGGUUAAUUCAGAAGAGCCAGUAUCCUUGAAUCUGGAAAAUGUUUUCGACAUUCGUAAAUACAGUAGCAAAGGCAAGUUGUUAAGAACUCUUUCUUGGGUUUUGCGCUUCGUAGGCAAUUUAAAAGCAAGACUAAGUUGCAAAUCGAUUAACAAGGAAAACGAAAUAUCGGCAGACGAAACUUGCAGAGCUGAGAUGGUCAUUGUUAAGUCUAUUCAAAACCAAGCAUUUAAGAUAGAAUUGCAGUAUCUUUCUAAAGAUAAUAAGAGUAGAA